AUGAAGAUAUACUUCAUCCUCCUCGGGCUGCUCGCCCUGGUCAUGGCAAAGCCCCAGGUCCCUCCACCUUCAUCCCCUCAGCCUGCGCCUGUUCCUCCGCCAUCUCAACCACCAGCUCCUCCAGCCGAUCCCCCAAUUCCCCCAGCUGAACCGCCAGCUGAGCCUCCAGUUCCGCCCUCUCCACCACCUGCUCCAGUUCCUCCUCCUGACGAACCGGCUCCCGUACCUCCACCUUCUUCCCCGGCCCCUGUCCCGCAACCUCCGGCUCCAACGGAUCCGGCCCCGGCCCCACCAGCUCCGAACCCUACGGGUGCACCACCUCCACCAAUUGAAGGACCAAUCUGUGAAUGCGGGUAUACUUACUGCGCAGAGGUCCUCAUGGCAAUGGCAAAGCCUUGGAAUGAAGCCCAACUCUCCAAGGCGUACUGCAAGACGCCAAACGCCAACUGCCCCCAGGGCUCUCCAGCCACCAGCGUCGACUCGGCCCUGUACAUCUGCCUCUGCGACCAGAUCGACCAAAAGGUCGGAGACCACCUCGAGCUACUCUGCGGCUGUGAUACGUGCCUCAAUGUCGGGCCGGACUUUAGAGGGCGAUGCAAGACGCCCUGCCUGCCUGGUCACGGUGGAGGGAGCGGGGCGGGUGAUCCGAACACCAAGGAGGGAGACAAGGGGGAGAGCCCGAUGCGAGGGAGUGGUCGGCUGGGGAGAUUCCAUAUGUAG